AUGUACAAAAAAACAUACAACAGCGCGGCCUUGGCCCGCCAGCUCAAGAAGCAGGAAGCCGAUCGCAAGUCCCAGAAGCAGGCGCGUGAGAGGACAAAAAGUCGCAUCAAGCAUCUUGAGAACAUGGUUGAGAUUUUACGACAAGACGAAUCAGAGGCGCGAAUAGUCUCGCUAUUGCACCAGCUAGACCAGGUCACAAAGGAAAAGGACAAUUUAUUACAGGUGCUCGGUUCGCUCGACUCAACUAUUCGUCGUCAACUUGGUAACCACACGGGGAGUAAUCCUGCUUCAGACACAACGUCCGGGUUAUCGACGCACGCAUCAACAAGAGAGCCUCAACUCCCAGAAUGGGGAAAAAGAACAGUCUCAGUCAAUGGUACUAGGGAAUUAUCGGGAAUAUGUAGCCCUACAAUGCUAGAAAGCUCAACGGGCUCUCAGCCAAGCAGUCUCUUUGCCUACGACAGCUGGACCUCCACCGUCAGCAACGAGCCAUAUCCCACAGCUAUGGUCUUUGACAACCCGAUCUGCCCACCCAACGUGGAUCAGCUUUGGCAGUUUUCAAUGUUGCCCGAAAACGAGAGUGGUAUUUCCGUGGCCACACAGAGUUUCUGA